GAGGAAAGAACGGAGCCUCUGUCCGUCUUAUUUGAGAAGAUGGAGAACUUGCUGGAUAAGAUGGGGAGGUACCAACAGGAGUUGGUAGGCCUCUGUGAAGGAGUGAAAGAAUGGAAGUCUAAUAUCCCCACAGUAUUCCUCUAUGACUCCCGCCCGAAGUCAGUGCCUGGGCAACCCGGAGUAAAUGUGGUGGGGUCGUGCCCUCAACCAGGAAUGAGGGAGAGACCCCUCACUCCGCAGACCCGGCUGGCACAGGCAGCGCGAACGAGAAAUCAAGCCAAGGCCAGUACCCGCCAAGAGCCUCCAAGGGGGGAACACGAACCAGGGAGAAGGAAAGAUGCUGUGAAAGUAGAGGACGACGAUGAUGAAGAGGAAGAGGACGAGAGAUUGCGCAGAGAAGAGGAUCAGAGAGCGGAGAAGCGGGCAAGGAAAAAGGGGACCAGGGGAGAGGCCGAACCGGUCAUACAUGACGGACCGCCCAAAAAGAAGAAAUACGCGGUUCGGUUGGAAGAGGGAUUUGAUGUAGAGAAGGUGAUUGACCGGCUGCUGGAAGGGCAUAAUGACCUCAUAACCCUGAAGGAAAUCCUAGCGUCAGCCCCGCGACUCCGCGCUGAACUAAAGGGGAGGUUAUCACGGCGCCUGUUGCCCAAUGUCCAUCUGGGUACGAUCCUGCCCAAGGAGGCAGAGUGGGAAGAGUCAGGUACGAAGAUGGACUGGAAGUGCGUAGCCCGCGGUACGGUGGAUUUGAUGGUGAAGGGUUCCAAGUGCGCAGCAAUGGUGGACACCAGGGCAGAGAUGAACAUUAUUCGGGAGGCGGACGCGAUCAGAUUCGGGCUGGAUAUAGACCGUUCUGACUGCGGUAUUAUGCAUGGAGCCAGUUGUAAGCCCAUGUUUUGCGGGACAGCCUCGAAUGUGCUCGUCGAGGUUGGAAAGGUGAAGGCCAAGGCAUGUUUUUUCGUAAUGCUAGAUGUGGACCAUGGAAUCCUCCUGGGGAGGUCAUUCCUAAGCAGGACAGAGACCGUGAUGUUCAACAAACAUGAUGGGACGUUGAUCCUCCUCUUAUGCGAUCCUGCCUGCGAAAAUUAUGAAAUAAUAACUUGCAGGAAUACCGAGCUAAGGAGUAUAAGGAACCGGCCCAAUCCAGGAUCAUUCACAAUCGAGGAGUCGGAAGGGGAGCGCAGGAGACUCUGGGCAGAGCCCGAAGCAGGAGAGAGGGUGAAAGUAUUUUCCCUCAGCCUGUCAGACGUUGGGAAGGCCAUGGACCUAGUGGCCGCGCAGGAGAUGGCAGAUCCGGAUGCCAUCCAGGCGUUGAGGGAACAAGUUCUGGAAUGCCCUGAGGUAGGAAGGUUGGAACUGGUAUAUCGGCUCCCAGGCAGUAGAGGGAACCCCACAUCAGCGCAAACACAAUCCGAGCGAACGUUGAUGGUGGAAUUAAUGAAAAGGAAGCAUCGCGCCUACGCGUUUAGUGACGAGGAGCGUGGCAGGCUGGAUGUAGAUAAGAUACCUAUGAUCCGCAUCCACACCGUGCCACACGAGCCUUGGAACAUGAGAGAGGCGCGAUAUCCUAAUCCUGACGAGGAAAGGAAGGUGGUGGAUUAUCUCGACGGCAAGAUACGUACUCACGUCGCCGACUAUUCAAGUGGACCGUAUGCGUCGCCGUGGUUCUGCUUUAUUAAGCCUAACGGGACGCUGCGGUGGGUGCAGGAUUUGCAAAGAUUGAAUGCAGUGACCGUGCGAGAUGCGGGAGGACUGCCAAAUGCAGACGCGCUGUCGGAAUCCUGUGCUGGAAGGCCUAUAAUUUCGCUUAUAGACCUUUACUCAGGAUACGAUCAGUUCCCAAUCUACCCGCCGGAUAGGCCGGUGACAGCUAUGCACACGCCGCGAGGAUUAGUCCACAUGAACGAGGGCCCACAAGGGUGGACCAACGCAGUAGCAAUGGUCCAACGGACCAUGAUUCGGGCCAUGCAGUCAGUCAGCCCCCAUAUCACACAGCCAUACAUUGACGAUUUGGCAGUGCAGAGGCCGGCGAUGAAAGAGAGCGACGAAGUCUCACCAGAGAAUGGAUACCUGGUAAAGAACCGGGCAGACGGGCUGAGUCGGAUCAACUGGGAUAAGCAGAAAGGGGAGGCGGUGGAGAAUACGCGCCCAGUUGAUGAAUUUUUGGAUCAGGAAGAAAAUGUUCGUCUCCAUAUCAAUAAGUGGUCGCCGCGAGUACCCAACUGUGUAGGCUAUCCUAUUUGGCAAGCGCUGAACGGAUAUGAAAGGAGGACCGAACUGGUCCUCAAACCCUUUAAAGAAGAGGAUCCCUGGGGCGGUAAGGAUGUUCAGUGGAUGAUGGAAUUAGCGCUGGCCAGCUCGCAUAGCCUGGUGGAGGAUAUGAGGACGAUUGAGGAAGGACCUGGCCAGGUAGAACGGCAUGAGGACCUGAUGGGAGGAAUGUAUCUCCUCGUCAAUACGUUAUUGCAUGAAAGCCUAGACCAGUCAGGCUCGUUGAACCCGGCAGGGAAUGUGGACGAAAUACCCGAGAGCCAGGACGACGAGUUCGAAGAAGGGGAAAUUAAGGAAGUUUUUCGUGCAGAAGAGUAUGACGGGAUCUACCUAGAGCUGGGGCUUCUUCUGUCAUGUGAAAUGCGGGCUCAAAGGAUGUUGCAGCGCUACUUAGUGCGAGACGGUCACCUUUUCGUGAGAACGGAAGUGGGGAAUCCCAGGAGAGUCGUCUGCGGUAGGAAUUGUCAGAUCGACGUCGUAGCAGCGCUUCACGAUGGUAUUGCAGGAGGACAUCGAGGGGUACAAGCCACGUAUGCCAAGAUAAGUGAGCUGUACUACUGGGAUGGGAUGAUGGAUAUGGUCGAAAAGUUCUGCCGAUCUUGCGUACCUUGUCAGGAAAGAUCCCGUUUAAGGCAAAGAGAGUCGCUGCAUCCCAGGCUAGAGCGAGAGGUGGGGGCUGUAGUGCAUCUCGAUCUACUUUUUAUGCCACUUGGGGAUCAAGGCUAUAACUAUAUCUUCGAUGCGCGCGAUAACCUGUCUGGGUUCGUAGACGGGCGUGCUAUUCGCACAAAGACCGGGUCAGUCCUAGUGAGCUGCAUCGAGGAGUACUACCUGCGUUAUCCUUUCGUCAGGGAAUUCGUAAUGGACAGGGGAUCAGAGUUUACCUGCCAGGAGGUGCAAGAACUGUUAUCAAGGUCUGACUUUACGAAGACAGCCAUGCCAAGAGGAGGGAAGGGGACACGGCCGCCUCAGAGGCCGUUGGGCGCAUCAGGAGGAUAUGAGCGGCAUGGGCCUUGCCAUCAAGAGAGUACUCCAGUCUACAAUGAUGGGGACAUCGAGCUAUUCCUGGACAGUUUCUGGGAGCAUACGAGGCCUCAUGCCCUGGAGCACCCAGACCUGGAGGAGCCAGCACCUGCAGAGCCGCGCCAGGAGUCAUGCCAGCCCGAGAAUGAGAUGGAAGCAGAGAUCCCAAAGAGGGUCGACCUCCGCACGAGGGAAAGGGUGCCAGUUGGAAAGACGGUUGAAGAAAAGAGGGCGAGACGAACCAGGCGGAUAGAUGAGAUAUGGCAGGAGAGGCAGAGGUUGGAGGCAGCGGGGGAGCUCCCGGAGCAGCAGCAGGAGAGGCAGAGAUCGGAGGCAGCAGGAGCACUCCCGGGUCAGCGACCCAGCGCCCCAGCUAGGGCCCCAGAGAUCCCUGAGAUAUGGAGGGACUUGUGGGAGCAGAGAGGAGAGGAGCUUCCAUCGCAGUCAGAGCCGGGUUUGGGGUGGCCAGGAAGGCGGAAGAAAGCUAUCAUUGAGAGCCUGAGGCAACAAACCCAGGGAAAGGUGGACAGACCAGAGAGCAGCCAGCAUGGAGAGCAGAGGCAGCCAGGACAGGGAUUGCCAGGACAGCCAUCUGCGACAGAGCCUUGCCAGCAGCCACCUAUGGGGAGGGUUAUCCUGGAGUCAGAGGAGGUGAGAGCAGAGAGACAGACGGAGAGAGAGGCGUUCGAGUUCAGAGCCCCUAUCGAGCUCGUGACACUACCAGUAGCAGCGGCGGGCCCAGUCGUACCUUUGGCAGUAGAGAAGGGCCUGCCACCAUCUAGCAGUAAGCCGGCUCAGGGCUCGGUAGAGGAAUCCAUGGGCGUGCUCCUUGAGGCGGUGCCUACUAUGCAGGAGGAGGUGAGUUUGUUUUCACCUGAGCAGAGGAUAGAGGAGCCUCUUGAGAGAGAGAUGAGGAUUGAGGAGGAGGGUGCCAUCGAGGGCAGACUCCAGAGGAUAGGCACACCUGAGUAUGGACCAGAGGAGAUUGAGGAGCAGCCCACGGCAGUGCCAGAGGUGACACUCGAGAGGAGGCCUCAGAGGUUGGACACGCCCGACUACGUCCCAGCGACAGAGGAUUUGAGAGGCAGACUAGGAUCUUGGGCUACUAGAUCUGGGUCUGGUGGACCGGUUCCGAGGACAGAGCAGCAAAAAGUCAUUAGUACCACACCUCCUCGAUCAGAGCAGCAGGGGGGUUUCGGUACCUUGGUGGGAUCUCCUUCAUCGCCACCUCCUCAGCCCAGGAAGAAGAAGUUCAAGAGAAAGGUAGAUCAACUAUGUUUUUACUGCAAAAGGGACGUGCAUCUGACUUUGGACUGUCUCGAGUUUCUUGAGGAUAAGGCAACAGGGAAGAUCUCAGAGGUAGGGGGUAAAAUGUAUGAUAGACAGGGUAGGAUAGCAGAGAAGUCCGCAAAUGGAAUUAGGGCUCAGUUAUAUAGGCAAAACCAGGAGGAGUUGAGGAGGUAGGGCUCGGUUUUGUCUAUAUAAGUGAGCGAGCAUUUUGUGAGGCAUCAACUUAG